AUGUUCAGCACGAAUAAGAAGCCGCGUUCGUUGUUCACUGAGGGAAGAAAUAAUGUGUUGAACAAUCUAUCAAAUCUAUCUAUCUAUCUAUCUAUCUAUCUAUCUAUCUAUCUAUCUAUCUAUCUAUCAUUCAUAAUAUAUUUUCAGUGUGUUUACAAUCUAUCUAUCUAUCUAUCUAUCUAUCUAUCUAUCUAUCUAUCUAUCUAUCUAUCUAUCUAUCUUACUAUAUUUACUCGGCUAAUAUGUACAUCUACUGCAUUCUGUUCUCAUCUAUCUAUCUAUCUAUCUAUCUAUCUAUCUAUCUAUCAAAGCUAUAUUUACUCGGCUAAUAUGUACAUCUACUGCAUUCUGUUCUAUCUAUCUAUCUAUCUAUCUAUCUAUCUAUCUAUCAAUCUAUCUAUCUAUCUAUCUAUCAUUGUCUCUUUCUUUCUUUUCUUUGUUUCUAUCUAUCCAACAAAUACAAACAAACGAACAAGCAGUCACUGGCAAUCACUUUAA